GCAAAAAUGGAAAUUAAAAUCUUAUGCACAAAACUCAUUAAGCCAUUUUUACCUACUCCUCCUCACCUUCAACAUUACAAUCUCUCUUUCUUCGACCAAAUAUCUGAAAAAGAACAUGUUUCUAUGGUUUUUUUCUUUCAUAAUUAUAACAAUAUCGACAUGGAUGAACGACUAGAGCAAUCCCUUUCAAAGAUAUUAACUCAUGUUUAUCCCGCAGGAGGAAGGUACAAUGAGAAAGAUAAAUAUUGUUCUAUUCUUUGUGUUGAUCAAGGUGUUUUCUAUACCAAAGCCAAGACCAAUGGUACGCUUGAUAAUUUCUUAAAUAAAGCGCGCAAUGACUUAGGUCAUGCGGGUUUAUUUAGUCCACAUGUAAAUAAGAAUAUCGAUGAAACUAAUUUCAUGGUUUCACCAAUUGUUACUAUACAAGUAACUAAGUUUGAAUGUGCUGGAGUCGCUAUAUCAAUCAGUACUUCACAUCCUGCAAUGGAUGGUUUCUCAGAUUUUCAAUUUAUUUCUGAGUGGGCAAAAGUGUGUAGAAUAGGGACUCCCAUCGACAAGAUUAAUUUUUUAAGCUUUAAUAUGGGUGAUAUUUUUCCAACAAGAGAUAUAACAGGAAUUUUCAAGUCAACCCCCAUUCCAAUUAUACAACAAGACAUUGUUGUUAAGAGAAUUGUCAUCCAUGAGGAUGUUAUGUCAAGGCUAAGAAAAAAAUGCACUUUCACUUUUCAACCUUCGAGGGUUGAGAUUAUUACAGCAAUUUUAUGGAGGGCUUUUAUCCGCGCUACAGCAAUUAUAAACGGGUAUUUAAGGCCUUCUUUACUAGAUUUUCCAAUGAAUAUGCGCUCCAAAAUAACAUUUUUACCUCAAGUGAAAAACUCCUAUGGGAAUUUUAUGAUUGGAGUUCCGGUUAAAUUUAUACCAGGAGAGACCGAAAUGGAAUUGCAUCAUUUCAUAAUAUUAAUCAGGAAUGCGGUGAAUAAGAUUGUUGCUUCAUGUAAAAAAGCUAAUUCACCAGAUGAAAUAGUGUCAACGUUGGUUGAUUCAUAUAAUGAAAGUUUUCGAUCACCAGAAUGGGGAGGUAACGAUGAAGUUGACAAAGUUAUGUGUACAAGUAUAUGUAAGUUUCCUGUGCACGAUUCUGAUUUUGGUUUGGGAAAACCAAACUUAAUAUUUUUUGGUAUGAAAGAUACACAAAUGUUUUGGUUGUAUGAUAUUGGACCUGAAAUUGUUGUGCAAGUGGACUUGAAGGAAAGAUGCAUGCAGUUAUUUGAUCGUGAUGAUGAUAUCAAAGAUCUUAUCUUUAUACGUGAUGCAAAAUUAUAAUUUUCAUUAUUUCGUUAUUUGUUCUGUUUGUACUUUAUAUUAAUAAGGAAUCGUUCAGACAUUCAAUAAUAAAAUCGUGAUUUGAAAUA